AGACUACUGUUAUAUUAAUUGUAUUUAAAGGUGUAUAUUGAGAUGCGUACAAACCAUCUUCAAGCUCCUGAAGUAGCUAUGGUUUGCGUGAGACAGGUGCGCAGAACCGUCGGAGCACACGCGCAGAUAUUCCGGGUAUCGGAGAAGAGUGUCUUGGUUUAGUCGGAAUGUGAGAGGACUGAAGGAUGGUCAGGAUCAAGUUUGUUGUGGUGCUGUGUUUGAUGUCAAGCUUAGGAAUUCUCUCCGAGGAAACAACUCAAAGUUAUCAAUAUCCCGACACCACUUUUCUCUCAGUGGAUAAUGGGUACCUGGAGCAGGACGGAUUUGACAGCACAUAUCCUUCCGUAGAGUACGGCCUGUACCCAGAAGAGACUACAAUACAGUUUGAAAGUGAAAAAUAUGAGAACUUGAAUGAAUCUAAGGAUGAAAGAAUUGUUAGUUCUGAUGAACCUGAAGUUUCUACAGAGACCAAUGCUGAUGGUUCCGAAGGAUUAACAACUACCGAGAUAUAUCUAGUCCCAGCGGAUCAUUUCCUAUCCAACCUGAACUUUACGGAUAUCGACCUGUUUGUAAAUGAGAUUGGAGAGCUGCUCUCAGAAGCUAGUCAACUGUCAGAGCUAAAAAGAAACCCGAGACAGUUUGGAAGCCAGCAGUUUAACUUUGAACAACAACAAGAACAACAACAAAACCAGUUCUUUAAUACUCAACAAUUCCAGAAUUCUCCAGUUGUGAACCAAAGAUUUACUUCUCCUGGAUUCUUAAAUAGGCAGGUUCCAAGUUCUCCACAGUUCCAAACUCCAGGGCAACAGUUCACUCAACCUCCAGCCAGUUCAAAUUCUCCGGGUUCACCAACGACCUCUGGGAAUCCAAAGCUUGGAGAACAACUUGCUCAGGCUCUUUUUAGCCAACAGAACUUCCAAGGAUUCCAACCCCAAUCUAACCUUCAGAAUCAAAACUUUCUUCAGCAGUUUCAACAAAAUCAGGUUCAAAACCAGCCCAUUUUCUCAGCUCAAGGACAAGCAACCCCUCAACAGUUUCCUUUUCAAACAAAUCUGCAAAAUUUUCAACAACAGCAGCAGCAGUUACUUACACCUCAGCAGCAGCAGCAGUUACUUACACCUCAGCAGCAGCAGCAGUUGCCCCAACAACCGCAACAGCAGCAAAAUCAGAUAUUUCCCUCAUUUCCUGGCAGUCAGCAAUCAAGAUUUCCUUCCCAGCAAUCUUCAUCAUCCUUCCAACCGUUCACGGUGACAGAGGAACCAGAUAUUAGAAUCCGUCCUGUUGGAAACCCAACUCCGCCCUCUACAUCUGCCCAAACUAUUGAUAUCAAUGCCCUUGGGUUUCAAGGGUUUGAUUUUGAAGAUGUUUUGCGAACCAAACCACUUCAAUCCUUCUCUUCAACUCAGAGAAACAAUGCUUCACCCUUCCAGGAUAAUACUUUUCCUUCCAACACCUUCCAAGACAAUAUCUUCCCUUCCAACACCUUCCCUUCUAAACCCUUCCAGGACAACACCUUCACAAACAACUUGAUUCCUGAAGAGGAGAAGAAUGUUGAGGUUGAAUCUCAAGCUAGAAGACCGGCGAAUGCUCGACCUCCCCCUAAUGCAGAUCCAAGACAGCGAGCUCCAAUCUCCAGAGGAAGGAAACAAGAGAUCUCUUCUACAAGAACAUCCUCGGGGGUUCAGACCAUUGAGACCUCUCCUACUCCAAGUGGAAGCCAACAACAGGUUACUAGAAUACCUCAACCUGUUAGUUCUCCAGCAUCAAUCACAACAUUUCGUCCAACAAUAGACUCAAGUUUACUCCAGAGUCAGACAAGAUUAGAAUCCAACAAUCAAGAAGGAGAUAAGUCAAGCUUUGCUAACUUUCCUGCCCGAGGAGCAGUGGUGGAAGACAACAAGCCUGAGGAAAAGCAGAUCAAGUCUAGCGGAAGAUCAAGGAAGAUGAGAUUAAGAAAGAGACCAAGAGUUGAGUUUUCUCCAACUCCUCCUCCCAAGAGAUCAAGGGUUAAAGCAGAGAACUCAGACCUUAGUUUUAUACCGACCCCUCCACCGACUACAGGGAGAAGAAAUCUAAACAGAAAGAAUCCUUCUCUGGCAUCAAACAGAAUAGAACCAGUUGAAGAAUCUGUUCGUAGCUCUGGGACAAGUUCAAAUCCACCUUCCACUCAAAUCAUAGACCUGGAGAACCUGGCUGGAGUUAAAGUUCUUGAAAAUGAAAUAUCAAAAAAGAGAGAAGAAGUAAAAACAUUGGAACAAAAUAUUCGGGAACAAUCUCAAAAACUGGCGUCCAGUGCACAACUAGAGAAGGAACUCAGAGAUUCAAACAAGAAGAUCAAUCAACUCGAGGAAAAUCUUCGAGAACAGUCCCAGAGAUUGUUGAACAGUGCGGAGCAACAAAAAGAUCUCAGGGAUGCGAACAAGAAGAUCAAGCAACUUGAGGAAAAUCUUCGGGAACAGUCCCAGAGAUUGUUGAACAGUGCGGAGCAACAGAAAUCUCUCAGGGAUGCAAACAACAAGAUUAAUGAACUCCAGAUAGAACUGAAAACACAGUCAAGAACGAUCCAAUCCAAAACGUCGGAAAUUGAGAACUCCUUGGACUCCAAGAAUGCCGAGAUCAGGGAGCUUGAAACUACACUGAGGGAGCAGACUAGGAGACUAGCGGAUACCACAAAGAGACUAUUCGACCAAGAACAAACUAUAACAGACCUAGAACGUAAUGUAAAGAGCUUAGAGGUGAGUAUCGGAGAAAAAAAUAACCGACUAACCAUCCAGGCAACAGAGAUAAAAGAAUUAGAAGAGUUUGAAAAUAUUGUGGUGGAUCAAAAGAAGAUUCUUCUCUCCCACCUCAAUACAAUAGAAAACCAGACCCGGAGAAUAGAGGAACUUGAAACUCUGACAGCUGAACAGGAUAAACUAACCCUGGAUAAUGUGCAGAAGAUCCAACUGAUUGAGAGUAGUAUUGAUGAGGUUGAAACUCUAGUACUGGAAAAGGAGAGAGCAAUAGCAUCGCUUAAAACAACAAUUGAACAACACAGAGCUAACUCUGCCGUAGAUGCCCAAAAGAUUGAUGAUCUUGAGAAGGAUUUGGAUCAAAGAACUAGAGAAGUAAUUGAGAAGGAUCGGAAACUUAGAGAACUUCAGAAGGAAACUAGAGAGAGAGGUUUUCUAAUCAAAGACCGAGAGAAACAUAUUGAGGAGCUGAAUAACCGAACCCGACUGAAUGCUGAUUAUGCUGCUGAGAAACAGAAAGAGAUUCUUCAACUAGAAUCAACUGUACUUGCUCUGAAGAACGUUACUGCUAUCAAGGAUGAACAAAUCAAAGCACUGAGACAGAGCAAUGAGGAAAACGAACAAGAAAUUGUUUCCAACAACAAUAUCAUCGCAGACUUGAACAAAAAGAAUGCAGAAGUUAUUCAGAUUUUAGGAGAAAGAGAUCAAAAGAUCAUCACUCUAGAAGGAGCGAUCACCUCUCUAAAAGAGAUCAUCCAGCAGAACAAUCACAAGACCAGGAACCUGGAGAACGAGGUCCAGGAGUUGAACACGAGGAUUAGUGGUAAGGAGAAUAUGCUGAACGAACUGAGCAAGAAACUAGGCAAGGCGUCCACGGUUAUUUCCGACCUUCAAGUGCUACUAGGAGAUGCGGGACGAACGAUUGAUCUCAAGAAUACAGAUAUUGCUCAGCUUAACACACAGAUAGAUACGUUCAGAGCAGAUAAACAAAACUUACUCAACAUCGUCCAGCAGCUGGCAACUAUUGGCAAUCCUGCCUUCAAUAUAAACACGUUUAUAGAGUCUGUUCAGGAGAACGGAUUGGAGGAGGAGGCACCAGAAGAUAUCUCAGAGUCUGCACGUAGCUUCCCAUCUACUGGUACUAGGAGGACGAGACAAAGGGUGAGAAAUACUCCGCGAACUGAAGAACUACCAAGAUCCGAUGUUCAGAGGAGAAGCUCCGUUCCGACUUCGGAACCAAGUUUCUUUGAUGAAGACCUGGAGCAGAAUGGGUUAACAGAAAAAAGAUCAACAACAUUUUCAUCCUUGAUGGAUGAUAUCCCAACCUUCCUAAGCAUAGCAGAAACUUUAACAACAGCUCUACCAUUCUUUAGUCCUGAAGAACCUAUAUCUACAACUACAACAACUACAACUACUAUUACUACCUCAAAAACAACCCCUACAACUACCACUACAACAACAACAACAACAACCACUACUACAACAACUACAACUACCACUAAUCUUGAAGAUGAAUAUUUUACAACUGAUAUCUCAAGUACUCCAGGUAGUACUGAACCUACUAGCCUAGUAUCCGAGAGUACAGAACUUGAGCUGGAAGAUGUAUCUGUGGAGAAGGACACGCUUCAGGGUUCGGAAAGAUCCCUGCUCUUCAGUUUGCCGCACUUCAUUACAGAGGAGUAUGUGAGCUCUGGUGCAGCUGGUUCAGCAAUCUCCUUCUGUAGAACGGAGCAGACCUGCGCGUCAGAGCAAAUGAUAACAGGGUUUAAUCUCAGAGCUCUUGAUACCAUCCUUGUUAAUCAGAGCAGAGGAGAAUUUGGGUUAACCCUGUCCUCCUCAGCUCCGAGUGAGAAGGAACCCUUAAUCUAG